AUGGGCGAGGGUCAAAUACCAGGCUCUGGGUCCGGGUUCACUCCCGUCAACCCAGACACUGUGCCUGCAGGUUCUCAAGACACCUUAAAGGCAAAGCAGCAAGACACGGGCUCGAGACAUCGCGACAUAUUAGCGACGAAUCGACUGAUUCACAACAGUGAUCCUCGCGCUGUCCAACAAAGCGCCGCGGCUUCUUUGUCUGAUAAUAGUGGCAGUUCUACCACAGAUUCCCUUUUCCCUAGCCCCUCUAACCGUUCUACCGCAGCCACGUCGCUGGACGCUGAUGUCCCAUCCACUGCUACGUCCAUACCCUCCAUCGACGACCAAAUCGCACAAGUGACGGCCCUGUGGCAGAAAGAGCUGGAGGAAGGCCAAAAAGGUUACCUCAUCUCUGCAAAAUGGUUUCAGAAAGUCCAAGCCCGUGGCUCUCUUCCCGCUGACGUGGGAAAGAUUGAAAAAUCAGCGACAGAGGGUGAAAUUGGACCCGUUGACAAUUCGGACAUUGCCAUGGUGAUUGACGAGGAUGUCAAGUUGACGGAUGAAGCUGGCGAGAAAUAUGUGCCCCUCCGGCCCGGCCUCACCCUCGAUGAGGACUAUCGAGUCUUUCCCCAGGAAGCAUGGGACUUGAUAAUCUCAUGGUACGGGCUCGCAAAAGACUCCCCUGUCAUCACUAGAUAUGCACACGAUUGGGGUGGUGCAGACGCAGCAAUGCCGAACGUGACGUGGGAGCUGAAUCCGCCACUGUUUUCAUUCCUCAAGGUGCCUAGUGAGCACACCACACAGACUCAACGCGAGAAGGACCUCCCACCUCAACGUAUGAUUGCAAGCAAGAAGACACUGUGCAAUGACUGGCUCAAGGAGGGCAAGAGGCUCCUGCACAUCGACAUGAACACCAAAGUCAGAGUGUGGAGGAUCCUGGGAGGCCUGAAAAAUGCCACCGCUUCGGGUGGUCUCACUCCCUCCGCUUCCAGAAGUGUCUCUCCAGCCCCUGGUACUGAAAUUGUGGCCACCGCGGGAGAUAAAAUGCUUCUUGAUGUCAACACCUUCAUACAUCUUCAAAUAGGCGAGCACCGUGAGCUCCUCACCGAGAUCAAGGACAACACUGCAAAUCCUAAUUACAAUGGAAAGACGUUGACGUUGAGCCUUGUUGGUCUGGGCAGGAAUGAGGAAGUGAUCGUCCUCGAGGAACAAAAGUCUGGCAAGGACGAAUGGCCAAGCGAAAGCUCCAAACUCAACCUGACCAAAGGCAUUAAGAGCGCAGCUAAAAACCUCACACCUAGUGGCAGAUCCAGCCCAGCUCCGGGAAUGAUGACUAGGGGACGGCAGAAACGGGAUGGAAGGCCACGCGGCAUCACUGGACUCAGCAACUUGGGAAAUACAUGCUACAUGAAUUCGGCUUUACAAUGCAUCCGCAGUGUUGAGGAGUUGACGCAGUUCUUCCUGCAUGACCAAUGGAAGCAGGACCUUAACGUGGACAACCCUCUUGGUCACCAUGGCGAGAUUGCAAAAGCAUAUGCCAACCUGCUGCACCAGAUUUACGACGAGAACGCCUCUUCGACGAAUCCAAGCAGAUUCAAGGCCACAAUCGGAAAAUAUGGGUCCAGCUUCUCCGGAUAUCAACAACAAGACUCUCAGGAGUUUCUGUUAUUCCUUCUUGACGGCCUUCAGGAAGACUUGAACCGCAUCCACAAGAAACCGUACAUCGAAAAACCGGACUCUACGGAUGAAAUGGUGCACGAUAGUGCGGCCCUUCAAGCAUUCGCUCAGAAGAACUGGGAAAUCUAUAAGGCACGAAAUGACUCUGUCGUUACAGAUCUUUUUGCGGGAAUGUACAAAUCGACCUUGACCUGCCCGGUCUGUAACAAAGUCAGCAUUAUUUUUGACCCUUUCAACAAUUUAACUCUGCAACUGCCCAUUGAGAACAACUGGCAGAAAGAGAUCCUGUACUUUCCGCUCCACAAACGACCAGUUCGGAUCGACGUAGACAUUGACAAACAUUCAACCAUCAAAGCCUUGAAGGAAUUUGUGGCUUUGAGGACACAUGCCGAUGUGGAACGACUGCUUGUUGCCGAGUCUUACAAGAACAAGAUUUACAAAAUUUUUGAUAACAACGUCGUCAUCUCAGAAGCAAACAUCCAAACUAGCGACAUCAUCUGCAUGUACGAACUGGAAUCCGUCCCGACCAAUUACAAUCCAAACAAGGCGCGGAAAUUCAGCUUGUACAUGACCAAAUCUGAUGCAGACGAUGAAAUGGUUGAAGCAGACAGCCCUGAGGCAGACCGGCUCCUAGUACCAAUGUAUAACCGGCUUGUCAAGAAUCCUUCUGCGCGGGUGUCCUCAAAACCCUUCUUUGGCCAACCUACGUACCUUGUGCUGAGUCGCGAAGACAGGUCCACCUACGACGGUGUGAUGAAGAAAAUUCUGGGAAAUAUUACGGGGAUGACAACAAAGAGGAUACAUGACGAAGAGGAUAGCCCCUCAGACGAUGGGCUGGGGACACCAGAAGGCUCCGACACCAUGGUGAUGACCGAUGACAUGUCCAGUUCUGGCUCGGGUCUUCCAACUGCCACCUCUGUGCAGGGUGAAGAUGGCCUCGUAGAUGUGUCCAUGCGAGAUGCUAGUCAAGCUCCUGAGCUCAGGCCCCAGCCCACCGAGGCUGGUCUGCAGAAAUUACUGCUGUCAAAGUCGCCAGUUCCCCGCCGAUUCCAGCAACUUUUCGAUGUUCAGGUCACUUCUACUGGGGAGGGCAUCCCUACGGGCUGGAAUCAAAUCUCUGAGACUGGAGAAUAUGAGUCUAUCAAAAAUCGAAUUCCUAAGCCAGUAUCUCGGUCGAUGAAGCCGGCUGGUGGUCUUGGUCUUUCGAAUGGCGAGAGUGGUUCUACAGAGAGUGAGGAUGAGCUUGCGGACAUCGAGACUGAUGACACUCCUAUGGACAGCAACGAGUCCGGGUCGGAGGCCAGUCCGGUCUUUCCCUCUGGACCCGACUCGGAAUCCGAGCUUCAAGAACCCCAAGAGAUCCUGCCCAGUCGGAACAAGAAAGCGCACAAGUACGGCAAAAAUAAGAACAGAGGCAAAUUCUCGGCCAGACGCACACAACACCGUCGAUCACCUUUACCACCUCCUCAGCCGUUGCCCAAAGCCCAGACCGGAGAUCUUAUCCGACCAGGCGAAGCCAUCAUCCUUGACUGGAGCCAAGACGGCUAUGAUGCAUUAUUUGGUGGCAGUGAGGACGGUAGCGAGGGUUAUCGCGGGCUUCCGACAUGGAAGAGCGUGGGCCUUUUGCCUGAUCCGGAAACUGCGGCAAAACGUGAGCAGCGAAACAGCCGCAAAAAGCAUGGAAUCACAUUAGUAGACUGUCUGAACGAAUUUGGCAAAUCCGAAACCCUGUCUGAACAGAAUGCCUGGUAUUGUCCUCGAUGCAAAGAGCACCGCCGAGCCGAUAAAAUGUUUGAGUUAUGGAAAGCGCCCGACAUCCUUGUUAUGCACCUGAAGCGGUUCAGUUCUAACAGAAACUUCCGCGACAAGCUUGAAGUGAGGGUUGAUUAUCCCAUAGAAGGGCUUGAUCUUUCAGAAAUGGUGAGAGACCAGCAAGACGGCAAGAGCUUGAUCUAUGACUUGAUCGCGGUUGAUAACCAUUACGGUGGCUUGGGAGGCGGGCAUUACACGGCGUACGCGAAGAACUUUUACAACAACAGCUGGUACGAAUACAAUGACUCUCAUGUCUCAUCAAAGACGGACCCAAGAUCGGUCGUGACCAGUGCCGCGUACCUCCUGUUCUACCGUCGACGGUCGGAUCACCCUUUAGGUGGACCCAGGCUUCAGGAACUGCUACAAGAAUCCAAUUCCAACACCAACGAUGCCGCAGCCGACUCUGAGCUGCCACAAGACUCACGUGAUUCUUCUCCGAUGACGGGGGAAGGUCGGCGUCUCGGCGACUCCUCCCACAAUGGGUCGUCGAGCGCUUUUCCAGUCGGUCACGGUCACCGCGUGGGAGCGGGACCGGGUGGCUCGGCGCUGGGAGAAGGAAGUCAGCAGAGUCGAGGUCUGUUAGCCGGAACAGAAAGUCCACCGAGCUUGAUGCUACCAACAGCAGCCAGUAGUGGCGGCGAAUACGAGCGGCCUCCAGGCUAUGAUGACGCUGCGGCGGAGGCUGACAUCGACGAAGGGGUCAGCAUGGAUUACCAGUGGUCACGGCCCACAUGGGAUUUUGCACGUUUAGAGACCUCGACACAGCGGGCGCCGGCCAAUUCCGAAGAGGAGGGCAUGUUUGGCGACAAGGGCAGUUCCAAUGACAGCACGCGCGUCGAAGGUAACCAUGGCAGCCCAGCACCAAGCUUCACAGAUUUAGAGGACAACGGUUCGAUCCAUCACGACCCAAAUGACAACGAUCUCCCUCUGUACAGCAGUGAAGCUGGGCCUGUCAUGCACCAUGAAGACUUUGCACACCCUCGUGGCGCUAGAGAGAGCGCCCCUCCUCCUGACGAGAUCGCGUCUGGACGUGGGAUGUCAAUGCCGGUGAAUAUGAGCCUACAGGAUGACAACGAUGAUGUCGACGAUCCGCCGGUCAUGGAGUUGCAGGCAGACCCGGCGAACAAUAACGAGUUGAGGUUCAAUCCUGCAACUUGA